AUAUAGGCUGUCCACUAAAUGGUAAAAUUUACGGCAUAUGGAAAUUUAAUAUGCACAGUGCUACUCGGAUUGAAAUUGAGGACCCUAGAAUAUUUGAGGCACAAGUCGGUGACCAAUAUUUGUGUUUCUCCGAUAAUUCAACUAAUAAAAAUGACAAAUGGUUGUUUAUCGAACAGUCUAAGAAACUUAAUAUGAGAUACGUAAUAGAAAAUGUAAAAACCGGAAUGGUUUGGCAAGUAAUACGCGGUGACUAUACACUGGAGAAGUGGCAAAAUAGGGACGAACAAUUGUGGACAAUAACGCCGCGAAACAAAUCUGGAUAUUCCAUUACCAACGUUGCAAGUGGUGAAAAUGUAGGCUGUCCAUUAAAUGAUCAAAUUUACGGCACAUGGAAGUUUAAUACCUACACUGCUACUCGGAUUGAAAUCGAGAACCCUAGAAUAUUUGAGGCGCAAGUCGGUAACAGAUAUUUGUGUUUCUACGAUAAUUCAAGUAAUAAAAAUGACAAAUGGUUGUUUAUCGAACAGUCUAAGAAACUAAAUAUGAGAUACAUAAUAGAAAAUGAAAAAACCGGAAUGGUAUGGCAAGUAAUAAGCGGUAACUAUACACUGGAAAAGUGGCAAAAUAGAGACGAACAACUGUGGACGAUAACGCCGCGAAACAAUUCUGGAUACUCCAUUACCAACGUUGCAAGUGGUGAAAAUAUAGGCUGUCCACUAAAUGGUAAAAUUUACGACAUAUGGAAAUUUAAUACCCGCAGUGCUACUCGGAUUGAAAUCGAGAACCCUAGAAUAUUUGAGGCACAAGUCGGUGACAAAUAUUUGUGUUUCUCCGAUAAUUCAAGUAAUGAAAAUGACAAAUGGUUGUUUAUCGAACAUAUGGGACAUAUAACAAAUAUACCAGUAGAUAAGAAUAAUCAAGCAGGAGAGAUCUUGGAGGAAGCAGAAGCAGUUAUUAACGGCGGAAAGGGCGACAAUAGAGACUCAAAUUUGUGGAUUUUAAAGCCACAAAAUAAAUCUGAAGAUUUUAUUGGCAACGUUGGAAGUGGGGGACUUUUAAUAUACGUUAAAAAUGGCACAAAUCAUGAAAUAUGGGAACUGAAUACAAAUAGUGAUAUUUGGAUUAAAAUUAACGAUACUGACGCAUUCCUGGUGAACAAAGACGGUAAAAUUAUGUCAAUACAAUAUAGGCAGAACAACAAAAUUAACAGUUCACUUUGGGUUGAAGAAGAAAUGGAAGAGAGGUGUAUGAAAUAUAAUAUGAUUGAACCACGUUCCUCUUAGGGUUACAUAUUUUGAAAAUAAAAGAAG